AUGUUGCGUACGACUCGGCUGGCUCUGCGACCGCGCCUGGCGGUGCGUCGGGGUGCGGUGCUUGCCACGGCUAGUGCUGCAUCCUCUGUGCGCGUCGUGGCGGCUGUACGACAGCUGCACGUGCGUCGCGAGCCUAUUGCUCCAUCCAUCACGGUGCGUCGCGCCUCAACCGUGGCGUCUGCCCAGCCGGGUCUCAAGCCGUUGCCCGCCAAGAUCCUGAUCGCCAACCGCGGCGAGAUUGCGUGUCGCAUCAUCCGCACCUGUCGUCGACUGGGCAUCUCCACCGUCGCCGUCUUUUCCGAGGCGGAUGCCAAGGCGCAGCACGUACGGCUUGCCGACGAGGCGUACUGCAUCGGCCCUGCUGCGUCGGCCGAAUCGUACCUGCGCCAAGACAAGAUCCUGGCCGUAGCCCACCGCACGGGCGCGACCAUGAUCCACCCGGGCUACGGCUUCCUCUCUGAAAACGCCGCGUUCGCAGCGCUGCUCGAGCAGAGCAACGUCACCUUCAUGGGCCCGCCUGCAAGCGCUAUCGACGCCAUGGGAUCCAAGAGCGCAAGCAAGCACAUCAUGCUCAACGCAGGCGUCCCCUGCGUACCUGGAUACCACGGCGACAAUCAAGACCCGGCAUUCCUGGCGCAAGAGGCCGACAAGAUCGGCUACCCCGUCCUCAUCAAGGCCGUCAAGGGCGGAGGCGGUAAGGGCAUGAAGAUCGCCGACACCCCGGCCGAGUUCGGCGACGCGCUCGAGUCCGCCCAGCGUGAGGCGGCCAAGUCGUUCGGUGACGCGACGGUGCUGAUCGAAAAGUACCUUACUGCGCCCAGGCAUGUCGAGGUGCAGGUGUUUGCCGACAAGCACGGCAAUGCGGUGUACAUCUCGGAGCGCGACUGCUCGGUCCAACGUCGACACCAGAAGAUCAUCGAGGAAGCCCCCGCCCCGCACCUGCCCGAGCACCUGCGUCGCGAACUCGGCGAAAAGGCUGUGGCGGCAGCAAAGGCGGUGGGCUAUGUGGGCGCAGGAACGGUCGAGUUCAUUCUCGACGCCAAGAGACCCGAGAACUUUUACUUUAUGGAGAUGAACACGCGGCUGCAGGUGGAGCAUCCGGUCACCGAGAUGGUUUCCGGCCUCGACCUGGUCGAGUGGCAGCUCGAGGUGGCCGCAGGCAACAGGCUUCCGCUGCUGCAGGACGAGCUGAAGAUCGAGGGCCAUGCGUUCGAAGCGAGGAUCUACGCCGAAAACACCGAUGCCAACUUCCUCCCUGACACGGGAAGACUCGUCCACGUCGCCCUUCCAUCCACCUCGACCCUCACCCACUCCAACAGCGCACUGGCACCGCGCAGCGGUGGAGUGGUCGGGUCCGAACAACAGCCCGAGGCGGUGGUGAGGGUGGAUACCGGCUUCGUCAGUGGCGACGAGAUCUCGGUGCACUACGACCCCAUGAUCGCCAAGCUCAUCGUCAAGGGUCGCGACCGCACCGAGGCGCUGCGCAUCAUGGCCAACGCGCUCAACCAGUACCAAGUCGUCGGACCGUCGACCAACAUUCAGUUUCUCAAGAACCUCGUGCGCCACCCCAGGUUCAUCGCCGGCGACGUCGAGACGGGCUUCAUCGCCAAGCACGGCCAGACGGGCCUGUUUGGCGACCCGCACACGUCGGAGCUGCAGCUGCAGGAGGCGGUGGCCCAGGGCGCAAUCUGGCUGUACCAGCGCGACGCCGCUGCUGCCCUGAGCGAGGGCGAGGCGGGAGAGGGCAAGGCGAGUAUCUGGACCAACCCCGCCUUCCGUCCUGCCCAAACCCGGAGCUGGGAGCUGAGCCACAAAACACUCGGCCCCCUCCGUGUGUCAGUGACUCCCGUCGACGACGCGUUCGACGUCAAAGUCCAAGGCAAGGGAGUGGAGGAGUUCAAGGGACUCAGAACCACGGGAUGUACGACUGUGGAGGCGACGAGGACGGGGCUGACCACGUUUAUGCCCACGGGCGUGGUGACGUCGUUCAGCAUCGUAGCUCCCGCUUGGUUUGCAAAGAUCUCGGAGGCGGCGGCGGGACCGGUGGGCGAUGCACUCGCCAGCCCCAUGCCGAGCAAGAUCGUAGACUGCAAGGUCAAGCCAGGGCAGCACGUCAACAAGGGCGAGACGCUCGUCAUUCUCGAGGCCAUGAAGACCGAAAUUGCCCUCAAGGCGCCCAGGGAUGCAGUGAUCAAAAGCAUCAGUGGCAAGUGCAAGCCCGGCGCUCUCGUCCCUGAAGCCACUACACUGGUCACCUUUGAGUCCGAGUAG